AUGUAUGAAGGUUCUUGUUCUUAUCAAAGCGCUCUGGAUUUAAAAAGAGUCGCAUCCGGUUGUUCGACAACCGUUUCCGCAAUAAAAACAGAAGAUUGUAUGAACGUUGCCGCCGGAUUGGGUACAAACGAUUGGGCGGGUUGCGCUUAUCGAUUCGCAUGUAAUUCAUCGACAUUCGAACAACUUAAACAAUCCGUUGAAAAAGCCAAAGCAGCACUUCAGGAUCGUGGUAAUUAUUUGGCUGCAUCGAGUGCAUUCAGCGAUUUUGCAACUUCGUCUUUCACCGCCACCACCACCACCAACAAUACGAGGACCAAUGAAUCCUCCCUACCGGAUCUCAGAAGAGAAGAUGGCGAUGGAAAACGUUCUCAAACUAAUUCACUUUUGCCUUUGACAACAGGCAAAACCUAUCAUCACUCAUCAUCAGGAUCAGAAACUUUAAGAUCAACUAAAACUGCCGAUUACCUAAGCAGAGCUGGAACAUUUUCAAAUUUUUCCAUGCUUUUUGCUGAUGCUUCUUACAAAGGUUCAUGGAGCACACAUGCCACGUCACAAACUCAAGGACGUUCGUCGGAAAAUCAGGUGUUCUACCUUUGGGGAAAAAAAAGGAAAAAAAUUUGGGUCGAUCGCGCGCAUUCAUUUAAAUUUUUUUUCAUGAUGUGGAUCGUCGAAUACAUUAAACGUUAUCCAUAUCAAGUUUUUGGUCCUACUAGCAGUCGACUAGCAAGUUCUGGUUCCGGACAAAUUCAAUUAUGGCAGUUUCUUUUAGAAUUACUAUCGGAUUCGUCAAAUGCAAAUUGCAUAACGUGGGAGGGUACAAAUGGAGAAUUCAAAUUGACGGAUCCAGAUGAAGUGGCACGAAGAUGGGGAGAAAGGAAAUCAAAGCCGAACAUGAAUUAUGAUAAACUGAGCAGAGCUUUAAGAUAUUACUACGACAAAAACAUAAUGACGAAAGUACACGGUAAAAGAUACGCGUACAAAUUUGAUUUUCAAGGUUUGGCAGCAGCGACGCAACCCACGGCAGCAGAUCCUGCAGCAUAUAAAUACCAAUCGGAUUUUUUCAUGUCUAGUUACCAUCAUUCGACGAAAAUGAAUUUUCUGAGUCCUCACGCUGUCGUUCCGGCAAGCACUGGUAAGUUUUCUUUCCUUUUUUUUUUUAAUUUUCCACGGGUUCGUUUCAAGUGGUUUAAAAGUAAAUAA